UGAACAGCGUCAGUAGAGAGUGGAGUGGAAGGGACCGCAGUGAGGGAGCAGGGUGCCAAGAGGAGAGACACCAAGCCCCAAAGCGAGAGGACAGGUCGGACAUUUACCGUCUGAUGACAGGGAAAUCCACAGAACACGAACCCGAUCUCGUAUUGUUUUAUGUGGAUAUUGAUUUGCUCGUUUCCCGACUGCGCUCCGGACCGCCUCCAUCACACUGCGCUUCAUUGGAAUGCGCGCGGUAGCUUCUCCGGACACUGAGAAGAGAGACAGCGGAGAAGGGACCGGAAAAGAGCCUCUGCGGUCUUUCAAACUCAUUUAAGAGACACAGAAAUGCCUCUCUUUUAGCAGCACCGCUUUUUUCUUUACAGUUCUGGAGACUUUUACGCAUUUUGGAGACUUUGCCUGCAGGAGGAAAUGGGUGAUGGAACUAGAUAUUUUGUCCAUUAACAGAGGAUAAGACGGUUUCUAAUAUUCUCUACCCAAGUGCACUUGUUUCCCUGCGAUGAUUGUGCUUUUGAUUGUCAUGUGCAUCGCGGAUGGAGUGCUCUCUCAGAUACGCUACUCUGUGUCGGAGGAGGCGGACCAUGGCACCUUGGUGGGGAAUAUCGCCGAGGACCUGGGACUGGACCUUACCAAGCUGGCCUCCCGUCGGUUCCAGGUGGUGCCCAGCUCUCGCACGCCGUACCUGGAGGUGAACCUGGAGAACGGCGUCCUGUUCGUUAGCGAAAAAAUCGACCGGGAGCAUAUCUGCAGGCAGAGCGCCAGCUGCCAGCUCAACAUGGAGGUGUUCUUGGAGAACCCGCUGGAGCUGUUUCGGGUCGAGAUCGAGGUGGUGGACAUCAACGACAACCCGCCCAGCUUCCCGGAGACGGACAUCACGGUGGAGAUCUCGGAGAGCGCCACUCCGGGCACCCGUUUCCCCCUGGAGAGCGCGUUCGACCCGGACGUGGGCUCUAACGCUCUGCGCACUUACGAUAUCACCACGAACAACUACUUUUACCUGGAUGUGCAGACCCAAACGGACGGAAGCAAGUUCGCCGAGCUGGUCCUGGAAAAGUCGCUGGACCGGGAGCAGCAGGCGGCGCACAGGUACGUGCUGACCGCGGUGGACGGGGGUCAGCCUCCCCGGACUGGCACCGCGCUGCUCGUGGUCAAAGUGCUGGACUCUAAUGAUAACGUGCCGGUGUUUGACCAGCCCGUCUACACGGUGAGUCUCUCGGAGAACGCACCGGUGGGCAUGCUGGUCAUACAGCUGAACGCCACCGACCUGGACGAGGGACAGAAUGGGGAUGUCGUGUAUUCCUUCAGUAACCACAUAUCCAGCCGCGUAAAGGACCUGUUCAGCAUCGACCCGCGCACCGGGCGCAUCGAGGUGCGCGCAGAGGUGGAUUUCGAGGAGAGCAGCCUCUAUCAGAUCUUCGUCCAGGCCAAGGAUAUGGGGCCGAACGCCGUGCCCGCGCACUGCAAAGUGCUGGUCAAAGUCACCGACCUGAACGACAACGCACCGGAGAUCACCUUCAGCACCGUCACCGAGUCCGUGAGCGAAAAGGCUGCUCCCGGUACCGUCAUCGCGCUGCUGAGCGUGACCGACCGGGACGCGGAGGAGAACGGCCAGAUCCACGUGGAGAUCCUCGGCGACGUCCCGUUCAAAUUGAAAACGUCCUUUCGGAAUUAUUUCACCAUAGUGACCGACGGCCCGCUGAACCGGGAGCAGGCGGACUCCUACUCCGUCACCGUGGUCGCGCGGGAUAAAGGGACCCCCUCGCUCGCUGCCAGCAAGUCCAUCCGGGUCCAGGUGUCGGACGAGAACGACAACGCGCCCACGUUCGCGCAGGCCAUCUAUGAUGUGUAUGUGACCGAGAACAACGUGCCGGGCGCGUACAUACACGCCGUGACGGCUCUGGACCCGGACGUCGGGCAGAACUCGCUCAUCAGCUACUCCAUAUUAGAGUGUGACAUCCAGGGCAUGUCGGUCAAAACCUACGUGUCCAUCAACGAGGAGACCGGCUACCUGUACGCGCUCAGGUCCUUUGAUUAUGAGCAGUUGAAGGAUUUCACCUUUAUGGUCCAGGCCAAAGACGCGGGCACCCCGGAGCUCUCCUCCAACGCCACGGUCAAAGUCAUCAUCGUGGACCAGAACGACAACGCCCCCGUGGUGCUGGCCCCCCUGGGGAAGAACGGCACCGCCAAGGAGCCCCUGCCGCGCUCCGCCGAGCCGGGCUACCUGGUGACCCGCAUCGUGGCCAUGGACGCGGACGACGGCGAGAACGCCCGGCUCUCCUACAGCAUCCAGCGGGGGAACGAGAACGGCAUGUUCCGGAUGGACUGGAGGACGGGCGAGCUGCGCACGGCGCGGCGGGUGUCGGUGAAGCGCGACCCCCACCAGCUGUACGACCUGCUGAUCGAGGUGAGGGACCACGGCCAGCCGCCGCUGUCCUCCAGCGCCAGCGUGCUGGUGGUGCUGGUGGACAGCGUGGCCGAGGGCCGCGGCGCCGGGGACCGGGGGAGCACUGCCAAGACCAAAGACGGGACCCUGGACCUCACGCUCAUCCUCAUCAUCGCCCUGGGCUCCGUCUCCUUCAUCUUCCUCCUGGUCAUGAUCGUGCUGGCCGUGCGCUGCCAGAAGGACAAGAAGCUCAACUUUUACUCCUGCCUGGCCAGCGAGUGCUGCCUGGGCUGCAGCGCGUGCUGCUCUCGCCAGGGCCGCGCGCGCAAGAAAAAGCUCAGCAAGUCGGAUAUCAUGCUGGUGCAGAGCGCCGGUAGCGUCGGCGGGGCCGGCACGGCUCAGGUCCCCGUGGAGGAGUCGGGGAGCUUCGGCUCCCACCACCAAAACCAGAACUAUUGCUACCAGGUAUGUCUGACUCCGGAGUCCGCCAAAACCGACCUCAUGUUCCUAAAGCCGCGUAGUCCGUCUAGGAGCACAGACCCCGAUCACAACCCGUGCGGGGCCAUAGUGACAGGGUACACAGACCAGCAGCCCGACAUCAUAUCAAACGGCAGCAUUUUGUCCAACGAGACCAAACACCAGCGAGCUGAACUCAGCUACCUGGUGGACAGGCCGAGACGUGUCAACAGCUCGGCGUUCCAGGAGGCGGACAUGGUGAGCUCCAAAGACAGCGGCCACGGAGACAGCGAGCAGGGAGACAGCGACCACGACGCCACCAACCGAGGCCAUUCCUCCGGCGCCGAUCUCUUCUCUAACUGCACGGAGGAGUGCAAGGCCCUGGGCCACUCCGACCGCUGCUGGAUGCCCAGCUUCGUGGCCUCCGAUGGCCGCCAGGGCCCGGACUACCGCAGCAACCUGCACGUGCCCGGCAUGGACUCGGUCCCGGACACAGAGGUAUUUGAACCCCCCGAGCAAACGGCCGACAGGUCAUUCACCACCUUUGGCAAGGAGACGCCUGUCAGUCACCAACACCUCCACCUCCACCUCCACCAAAACCACCAGCACCACCUCCUCAAAAGCCAUCACCUCAGCCGCCAGCAGAGCCCCCUAGAGAGGGAAGAGUCGGAUGCAUUUCCGCCCAUUUCCCGAGCGCCUUAUAAGCCGGCUUAUUUGACGGGGCAAAGGGUUUGCUAGCUCCUUCCGCGUGGACAUACCGGAGACGGCGUGACUUUGCACAACCACUCCCCCGACGACCGAGGCUACAUAUAUAUAAAAUUAUAUAUAUAUAUAUAUAAGAAAGAGCAUCACGUUUCCAACCCAUUCGCCCUCCCCGCCCUCAUCCCUCCUCACCCAGCGAGAAUUUAUAGAAAACACACACAACACCACGCUUAGAAGGAGGAACCGACCCCCUCUCUGGAAUUUCCUUGGAGUUUUGCCGGGCUUUGGAGGGCCCCCCUCCCUCCCUACUCUCAGGAUUAGGAGACGGUUGGGGGGGGGGGGUGAUGGAUGGGUGCAGGCAGGUAGACGGAUAAGCCUUACCGGGAGGACCCCAUUGUCUCAGCGGGACUGAGAAGCUAACAGAGGCGGAGGAAGGGAGAUCAAACCGGACCCCGACCUCUCCGACCCUUUUCCAAUCUGCGAGUGCCUGUUUACAGUACUGACGGGUACUUCUUUUGAGGAGAACAAAAAAACCCAACAGAUGAAGACCACGUAUGUGUACUGAGAGACAAAAUCAGAACCAGAGCCACCCAGAGAAACCGAAAAACGAAACCAGAAGAAACCCGCCACUGAGCCCUUUAGGCGUUUGUACUCGCAGAGAGACGCCAAAAUUGUACAGGAGAACCUUUGUGCAUUUCAAAAUGCAAUACCACUGUUUUAGAUUUUUCUAUUCUGUUUGUGCGGUCAAGGUGUCUCUAUUCUACUUCGGACAUUUGUAAGACGAUUGUGGGCUGGAUAUGUUUUUGUUUGACGAGUUGUGUUCACGGUUCUGUUCCUUUCGCUCGGGGUCCAUCACACAUCGCAGGCUCGGGCUUUUGUUUGACCUGCACCUUCUGAGACGUCGAGUAGUUUUCUAUCAUGUGUGAGAAGUGUUUACUGUACUCUUUUAAAGUUUGGAGCUGAAUAUUAAACUCUCUCUCUCUCUAUAUAUAUAUAUAAAUAUAAAUCUAUCUAUAUCUACUUGUUCUGAAGGCGUGCUAUCCGUUUGCUGGGUUCCACGUUCUGAUUCAGAGGUCUGACUUUUGUGCCCCUGAAGAAGGCUUUUGGUUUUUUUUCCCCCAGCGAGACACACAAAGAGAGACAGAACAGCCUUAGCCGAUGUUAAACUCAAGUUAUCAUUGUUUGACAUUAACUUCAUGAUUUAUUUUGUUCCUCUUUCUCCACUUUUGGAUAUUGAUAAAGACCAUGUCUAUAAAAAAAAAAGAAAAAAAAAGGAAGUCAUAAUUUAGAUUGGUAAAUUCUGUGUCAUUGUAACCAACUUUAAAGGGUCCAUUUAUAAAGAAACAGAACUAAAACGUGGCUAAACGCAAGCGGUGGAAUGGAGGAGACGCACAUUUCCUUUCUCACACAUUACGAACACAAACACACCGAUAUGCCGACGAUAAACUGAAAAGAGGUGGUCAUAAAGGUGGGGGUCUUAUGUGCUUUUAUUGUUGACGCCUGUCCUGGUUGUACCAGAGAAAGUACGGCUGCGGUCAAAUAGUCUUUUUUUUAUUUUAUUUUUAUUUUUUUGCUCAGGAAGCGUCCUCACUGAGUGAAAUGACCCGGAAGAAUGGAAGUGUCAGACGUGAUAAGAGCCGGUGGAAUCCUCUAAAUGCUGAGGAAGGGCGCUUCCAAGCUCCCCGCCUUAUCUCCUUCAGCAUAGGAUACACUGGACCAUCCUUCGUGAAGGGACAGGAGAUAAUGGCGUCCCACAAUCCCUUGCAGCGGCAACAUUCAAAGUGACGCGGCGCUCGUUCCGUCGAUAACAUCCCGCCGGCUCCGUCUCAUCGAACACUGGACACACUGAAAAGAGCCUUCUAUCGGAGGUGGGACUCCAUUUUGGACGCAAUGAGUCAGGAAGGAGUUUGUCGUUUUCUAAGUGUUA